CACGGCCAUCACUCCACUGUUGUGAUCUCGAAGCCUUCACGCGUAAUCAUGAAGACAUUCGCCGUAGUUUUGGCGUGCCUGGCCUUGGUCAGUGCAUCGGCUAUCGACUUCUCGAACGUGAAACGCGUCGAAGAGCUGGACAUCUUCUGGGAGCAGCUGGAUCCCCAGUUGCAAGUACUACGACCAUCCCCGGAAAGUCGCAUCGUCAACGGUCAGGAGGCCCGGCCAAACCAGUUCCCGUAUCAAGCGUUGGUGCUGAGCUUUUUCGAUGGUGGUAACUCCGGAUUGUGCGGUGGUACCAUCCUGACGCCGAACUUCGUGAUGACUGCAGCUCAUUGCGUAGUGAUUGGAACUGUGGCCACGCAUGGUACGGUGGUCUUGGGAGCUCACAAUCGCCAGGUGGUUGAAGCAACUCAACAGCGAUUCAGCUUUGAUCAAAUCAACGCUCACCCAAGUUACAUCGCUGCGUUGCUGCGUAACGACAUCGCUACGGUGAGGCUUUCUGCACCGGCCGUAUUCAACGAGUUUGUCCAGCCGAUUGACAUUCCGGCCUUGUCGGACACCAGGACCUUUGCCGGAAUGACUGGCAUUAUUUCCGGGUUUGGACGCACCUCGGAUGAAACUGGAUCCCCUGCUAGUGAUGUGGUGAUGUACUCGAGUAAUCCAAUUUUGACCAACGCCGAUUGUGCGGCUUCGUGGAACUCGAUCCUCAUUGGAGCGCAGAAUAUCUGCUUGUCCGGUGCUGGCGGACGUUCCGUGUGCAACGGCGAUUCUGGCGGUCCGCUGGCAGUUCAGGACAGCGGACGUAGUCUGCAGGUUGGUAUUGCAUCUUUCGUUCACGUGAACGGAUGUGCCUCGGGUAUGCCGUCUGGAUUUGUGCGGGUUUCGCACUACUUGCAAUGGAUCGCCGAUAACAGCGAUGUUGUGCUACGGAAUUAAAGUGAGAUUUAGUAAUUAAUAUAGGACUGAUAUUUAAAUAAAAUAGAUUGACAUUAUGUACAUGAAUUUUUGUUC